UCAACCAUCUCUUGCCAUCAUCAUAUACCGAUACUGUCUGUUUAACAAUACGUCUUUUGGUCGUUCCUUUGCAGGAGUCAUACCCGCACUAUUACAAUGAAGCUUCUGUCAGCAAUUGUCUCUCUCGCCGCCUUGACCGCAGCAGCCCCUUCACCAGGCUUUAGCAAGAGACAAGAAGCUCUCACGGGCCCCAUUCCGUCUCAAGAGACGGUCGCAUGCGACGAUGAUCCCAAUCGCACCUAUUGCUUCGACGAAGUCGUAUGGGGAAGGGGCCAAGAUUACCAGACAACUCUGCACAACUACUGUCAAUACCAGUACGCUGAUGACGCGCUCAGCUGCCAUGGAUGCAUGCGCCAGCCAUUUCCGACUGAUAAUUGCGCCGCCGCGCCUGGCGCUUGGAAUUCAGCGUUCUUCUGUACAGGCUCUAAGGGACCCUCCAAAAACGCCAAAAUGACAGCGUAUAUCCCGUACCUGCCCGCAGAAAUCCAUCGCAUUAUCGCGGAAUACGUCCAUCGCGAAGAUCUGCCAAGCUACCGGCUCGUCAACAGACAACUGUGCGACAUGGCCACCGAGGAAUUAUUCAGCACAAUCGUUUUCCACUACAGUACUGCGAGCAUUGAUCGCCUGAAAAGGCUCGGUUGGAAUGCACGUCUUCGAGGACAGGUGAAGAACAUCUUCUGGGACGUCAACCAGUGGAGCGUAGGUAAUGUGCGCGACUUUCACGAAUGGGAGCAGUACUUCACACAGAUAACACAGCUUGAUCGGUGGCGCAACGCCAACUACGACUCAUCAGGAUACACUCAGCUAUCGCAGAACCGACGAGAAUGGGAAGCGUACCUUGAUCGAGUUGCGGACGAGAGAAAGGCAAGAGUGGAUCGGGACAGCCUGCAAGUAUUGGAGCGCUUCUACAACCUACAUUCAAUCCACAUCGUCAACGGCGACCUCUUUUUGGCCCACCGUGGUCUUCAAAAGGUUGCGGAAGAUUGUCCGAACGCUUCAUUUGGACCAGUCGUAUUCCGUAGAGGAUUCGAAACCUACAGCCUUCGCAAUAUGCCUGGAAUUGAGACUCUCCUGAUCCCAGAGGAAUAUUGCAAAUCCUCUCUGAAAGAGCUCACGCUGAAUACAGUACACUUCAAGUGUUUUGCGCCAUUGACAUCGAGUAAUCUCGACAACUUAUCAAGUUUGGAUAUCACGAUCUUCCCGCGGACAUUCCGCGACCGCUACCUUGACACGCAAUGGGUAGUCUUAAUGAUCAAAGGUUUUAGGAGAUUUUUGGCGUCUUCAACACGGCUCGAAUGUCUUCGAAUCGACCUCAAUCACGAGAAAGCAGAACCAAAUUCCUAUGAUGUUGUUUUAUCCAUCGAUCAGUGGACGAUGGCGAUGAACGCGGCGAACCAGAGCAGAGAUUUUAUGCUUCAUCAGCGUCCGUUCGACACUGUGCAUGGCCGAGAGUACUGCAAGAGAUGA